GAAAGAGGUCCUGUCAUCCCGCCAUCAUAAAAUUUGUACCUAGACAUUUGUCUGGGUACAAAUUUAUAAUCAAAGAUACAUAUAACUAUAUUAGCCCGUGUUGGGAAUCGAACUCAGAACCUUCAGCUAGAGGAAGGGUAAGGGUGGUAAGGGUUACCACUGCAACACGGAGGUCGUUAAUUUAAUAAAAUAGUUUAAGUAGAAUAAUAAACACAAUUUAAUCGUUUUCGAGAUUCGCUAAUCGUCGUGAGACGACACAAUAUAUUUGACUAAACGCUUGGGAGGAUCCGCAAAAUGGCUCUAUUGUACUUAAUUAUACCUACUUUAUGUUAUUAGGCUGUAAAUACACAAUUAAAAAACAAUAUUGUAAUAUACAUGUGUGUAAAUUUUAAAAUUUUCUGCAUUUGUUAUAUCAAAUGUUAAAAUUAAUUGCAUCAUCACGACAAGUGAAAAAUUCGCAAGAGGUAGAAAAGUGCAUUUUAUUGCUUGCCAUCAGGUGGCAGUAUUCAUUUAUAAGUGAUGUCAGAUUACUUAAGAUAACUUGAAUAAAUUCUGGUACCUAUGUUACCAAUACUACACUCUAUAAAAAAGAAAUAUUACAAAUAAAAUAUUUAAAAAGGCAAGUUUGAAAGUCUUGGAAUAAGUUCGCCAUUGUAAAUGUGUUUUUUAUAUAACUUAAUCUACUUAUUUUUCGCACAAUAAAGUUAUUACAGAUAAACAAACUUUUGCAAAGUAUUUAUAUAUGUAUAAAGGUCUGCGUCCAGCCUUAUCGUUAUAUCAACAAUCAACAUAUAAUUUUACAAAAUUAAGGGUUACAUGACCGUUUACAAACAUUUCGGAAGAGAUAUUUAAGUUAACGUUAGUGAAGUGCCGGUAACAUUUUGCUGACAAAACGUUUAAAAUAGUAUUGUGUAAGAGAUGCGUGAACUGUUUUUAUUGUUGGUGCUUGCUGCUUUAAAUCUAAGCUGUUACGGAAUGUCGAGAGCACAAUUGAAGAAAACAUUGACGAUUGUAAAAAAACAGUGUGUGCCGAAAAUUGGGGUGUCCGAAGAUAAAAUUUCCAGAAUAGAACAAGGAGUAUUUUUGGAAGACCCCAAAGUAAAGUGCUACGUAACAUGUAUCUACAAAAAUAUGCAAGUGGUAAGAAAUGACCGUUUAAACCAGGACCUGAUAAACAAACAGGUAGACGCCCUUUAUCCAGCAGACAUGAGGCCAGCGGUAAAGAAGGGGGUAGAUCACUGCAUGCCAGUCCAGGAUCAGUACAACGAAGUUUGUGACCGAGUCUUCUACGGGACGAAGUGCCUGUAUGAAUAUGACCCACCUAACUUUGUAUUCCCUUAAUAAAUUUUAGAUUCAAUUACCUACGUCUUUGU